GAGAGAGAGACAGAGACAGAGACAGAGACAGAGACAGAGACAGAGACAGAGAGAGAGAGAGAGAGAGAGAGAGAGAGAGAGAGAGAUUGUUAUUGUAACCCAGAUUCUACUCUGUAGAUGGGCCUCGGGUGGGGUGGAGCCUGAGAGUUGAGCAUUAGAUGGGAGGAGUCAGAGGUGAUGAUGUCACAGGAACAGAUCCUCAUUCAGCUCAUUCACGGCUGGGAUUGAUUUGUUGUGUGUGUGAUCACUCAGAGAAGAUGAUUAAAGCUGCAAAUCAAACAACACAAGUUGUGUUUGUGAGGUGAUGGUGGGACUUCCGCAGUAAGAUGUAGAAUCCAGAUGCAGAGGAAGAGAAACACAAAGAGGAAGGAACCAGACGUCUGAACGGCGCAAACACAGAGAGAGGGAGAGACGGUUUCAAUCUCUCCAUUCAUUUGUCAGAGAAACUCACAGUGACCUUUGACCUCCACCAUGUGUCAUGUGAUUGUGACGUGUCGCUCGAUGCUGUGGACACUGCUGAGCAUCGUGGCCGCAUUCAGCGAGCUCAUCGCCUUCAUGAGCACCGAUUGGCUGGUGGGAUUCCCGCGGACGCCGGACACGGUGUUUUCCCCCCACGGGGCGACGGCGGCGGGCGAGGCGUACCGCCCCACGCUGGGCAUCUACGGCCGAUGUAUCCGGCUGCCUCACCAUCGGCGGGGUGUUAUGUGUGGACCGUACGCUGUGCAUUUUGGAGAGAUCGCCAGCGGGUUCUGGCAGGCCACAUCUAUCUUCCUCGCCACUGGAAUUCUGCUGCUGUGCGCCGUGGCCUUUAUAUCCGUGUUCACCAUGUGCUUCCAAAGUAUUCUGAAGAAAAGCAUCUUUAAUGUGUGUGGACUGCUGCAGGCCGUCGCAGGUCUGUUUCUGAUACUGGGUCUGAUGUUGUACCCCGCUGGUUGGGGUUCUGAUAAGGUCCAGCUAUACUGUGGUGCGGACGCGUCGCCCUAUAAACUGGGCCUGUGUUCUAUGGGCUGGGCGUUCUACACGGCGCUGGGCGGCACCGUCCUCACCUUCAUCUGUGCUGUGUUCUCCGCUCAGGCUGAGAUCGCCACGUCCAGUGAUAAGGUCCAGGAGGAGAUAGGAGAGGGCAAGAGUCUCAUCUGUCUGCUGUAGAAGAGCUCAUUAAAGACUGGAGCCCACCCCACCGUCAGUCUCUGUUGUACUGUUGUUUGCCAGCUGAUGUAAAUAUGUGUGUAAAUAAUGUAAAUAUGUUUCUGCAGGAGCGACUCGCUCCAUCACACCUGAAACCACUGAGCAGAAUCGCUCACAUUCUCCUCUGAUUGAAGUUUUCUGUGUUCUGAGGAUUACCGUGGUGAAGAGUAUUUGUGUCUGUUUUCUUGUGUGUUUGUCAGUGGGAUUGCAGAACUGAACUCAGAUCAGUAUUUUUGUGUUGAUGAUGGAUUCGAGUUCACAGAUGAAGUGCCAAAAUGAAUGUCAGAGUGUUUCAGUGUCACAUCUUCAUUGAUCAUGUCUUACAGCACAAAGAGCCAAAGACAUGUACUCACUCCAACUGUCUGUCUGUGUGUGUGUGUGCGUGUGUGUGUGUGUGUGUGUGCGCGCGCGCGCGUGUGUGUGUGUGUGUGUGCGUGUGUGCGCGUGUGUGUGUGUGUGUCUGUCUGUCUGGUUCACUCAUUAUAUCUCCUCUCAUCUCUGUCAAAUAAAGAAGCCAUGACACAAUACAGUUGAGCGUCUGCUGUCUGUUUUUCACUUGAAUUUCCUGCAAAACAUUCUGAAGGUCAGUGCCCCCUGGCAGCAUCAGAGGAUAUGUGUGUGUGUGUGUGUGUGUGUGCGUGUGUG